AUGUUGGUAGAGCGAGGCGGUUUGUGGUAUAGGGUUUUAGUGGCGAGAUAUGGUGAGGAGGCAGGGAGGUUGGAGGUUGGGGGCUGGAGUGCUUCAUCAUGGUGGAGAGAGGUAGCGAAGAUUAGGGAUGGAGUGGGCGAGACUGAUGGGGGAUGGUUUGCACAGAGGGUAUCAAAAGUUCUAGGGGAUGGGAGAAAUACCUUCUUUUGGUUGGAUAAAUGGGUAGGAGAUGUUCCCUUGUGUAGGAGGUUUGCUCGCUUAUUUGAACUUACAACAAAUAAGCUUAUCACAAUGGCGGAUAUGUAUGCCAUUGGUUGGGAGGAUGGUGGUGCGGCGUGGAGUUGGAGGAGACGUUUGUGGGUGUGGGAGGAGGAGUUGGUAGAGGAGUAUAGGAUUUUAUUGACUAAUGUUGUUGUACAGUUGAAUGUUUUUGACAGGUGGCUAUGGGAGCCAGACAAACAUGCCGGUUACAUAGUAAGAGACGCCUAUCAUGCUCUAACAUACAUGGAAGCCCCUAAUCUAGACGAGACAGCAAACCUUGUAUGGCAUCAGCAGGUUCCCUUGAAAGUUUCCAUUGUUGCGUGGCGGUUGCUGAAAGACAAGUUACCCACUAAAACCAAUCUCCAAAGGCGCGGUAUUACUCAGGUCACAGACACGUUAUGCGUUUCAGGGUGCGGUAUAGAGGAGUCGGCCUCUCACUUGUUCUUACAUUGUCAUGUUUUUGGUUCUCUCUGGCAGCUUAUCUGA